AUGGGGCGUAUAAAUAAUAGUUUUGGUGUCAUUUACCUUGGAGUGUUGGCCAGCGUCUACUUCAAGCCAGAAUAUACCAUGUAUGGGUCUAGAGGCGCGACAAUCACUAUUAUAGCUAUAGUCGUCAUCCUAUCAAAGCUUGUCUACCAGCUCUUUCUCUAUCCUCGAUUCUUCACGCCGUUAAAAUGCUUCCCUACCCCACUAAAUCGACACUGGCUUACGGGUAACACGACGAGUUUGCUUGUUGACACCCCCCAUGCCGAAAUGAAGGAGUGGGUGAGGGUUAUUCCCAAUGAUGGAAUCAUUAGAUACUACAUUGUGGGAAACCUUGAGCGGAUUGUGAUAACCAGCCCCAAGGUUCUAAGCGAGAUCCUAGUAAGCAGAGCCUAUGAUUUUGCAAAGCCACUAGUGAUACAGCAAGGAUUGGGCCGACUGCUCGGAAAUGGCAUCCUGCUUGCCGAAGGGGACGAACACAAGUUCCAACGGAAGAAUCUCAUGCCAGCCUUUGCAUACCGUCAUAUCAAGAAUCUGUAUCCUCUCUUCUGGUCUAAGAGUAUCGAGAUGGUCAGGUUGCUUCGAAGAGACCUAAAAAGCAGAAAACCCACCGAGGACAACACAAUUGAAGUCAGGAACUGGGCCGGCCGCUCUUCGCUUGAUAUCAUUGGCCUAGCAGGCAUAGGUCAAGACUUCGACUCCCUACAUGACCCGGAAAACAGCCUCAGCCGAUCAUAUAAAAUGAUCUUUACCGCCCCCGAUAUACUGACCAAGGCCCUUUUCAUACUUGGAAUGCUCCUUGGAGACAUGAAAUGGAUUGCAAGAUUACCCACAAGGCGGAAUAAGAUUAUCAAUACUGGCCGUAGGAAUAUCCGAGAUGCCGCGCGGGAGAUGAUCAGAGAGCGUAAAGUAAAGAUGGAGGAUCCUAGUGCAGAGAUCGGCGUUGAUAUCAUAUCGGUUGCAAUGCAGAGCGGCAACUUUGACGACGAGAGCCUUGUCGACCAGCUAAUGACCUUUCUUGGUGCUGGUCACGAAACUACCUCUGCGGCUUUUCAGUGGGCAAUAUAUUCCCUUUGCAAGCACCCGGAAGUCCAGACCCGCCUCCGUGAAGAAGUUCGCGCUAAUCUGCCCCCUAUUAAUGUUGGACAUCCAGGCCGUAUUGAUGCUGCUGCCGUCGAUAAUCUUCGGUAUCUGAACGCCGUUUGCAACGAAGUUAUUCGCUUCCAUCCAUCUAUACCGAACACCGUUAGGGUCGCCCUUAAAGAUACCACCUUGAUAGGGAAACCUAUUCCGAAAAACACGCAGAUCGUGAUUUCACCAGAGCUUAUUAACCAUAUGUCAGAGUUCUGGGGGCCAGAUGCGGAUCAAUUCAAUCCAGAUCGAUUCAUGGGCUCUGGGAAGGCCAACACAGGCGGUGCGACCAGCAAUUAUGCUUUUCUUAGUUUCCUCCACGGCCCACGAAGUUGCAUUGGACAAGGUUUCGCUAAAGCAGAACUUGCCUGUCUUCUCGCUACAGUAGUUGGUAGCUUCGAAUUCACCUUGAAAUACCCAGAUAGUAAACUUGAGGUACAAGAACAAGCGACAAUUUCACCAAAAGAUGGCGUUCUAGCUAAAUUUACUCUCCUCGAAGGAUGGUGA